AACGCUACAAAGAGGAGCUGAACCGAUAGAAAACGACCAUUCCUUCGAGUGCGAAAGAAUACAACAAGGGGAUAGAGGAAAGAGCGAAACAGAACAAGAACCUUCUGCUUUUACGGGUGAACGGUAGCAAAUUAUUCGAUACAAAUUUCAUUACAUUGUCCGGAUUCAGGGUUUCACGAUGCCUAACAUCAAACUCCAAAGUUCGGACAGCGAAGUUUUCGAAGUGGACGUCGAUAUCGCGAAAUGUUCAGUUACUAUAAAAACGAUGUUGGAAGAUCUGGGAAUGGACGAGGACGAGGAUGAAGUCGUUCCUCUACCAAACGUUAAUUCAGCUAUUCUCAGAAAGGUGAUACAGUGGGCCACAUAUCAUAAGGAUGAUCCUCCACCACCGGAAGAUGAUGAGAAUAAAGAGAAACGUACGGACGACAUAAGCUCUUGGGAUGCAGACUUCUUGAAGGUUGACCAAGGGACACUAUUCGAAUUAAUUUUGGCAGCUAACUAUCUCGAUAUCAAGGGUCUCUUAGAUGUGACAUGUAAAACUGUCGCUAAUAUGAUAAAAGGAAAAACACCUGAAGAGAUUCGUAAAACGUUCAAUAUAAAGAACGAUUUUUCUGCCUCUGAGGAGGAACAAGUUCGUAAAGAGAAUGAAUGGUGUGAAGAGAAAUAGAUUAAAACGUGUUCAUGGACGUUUAGUCUUGCGUUUGUUAAAUUAAAUCUCAAUGUUAAACAUCUUUCCCAUUAUUAUCACAUCUUUCCGUUAUUAUUUUAAUAAUUUUAUAAAUAUUUCAUUUCCAAAUUAUUUUGUAACAUAUUUGGUGUAACGUUGUAUAAUGUAGUACAUCACACAACAAUAAAUAUCAUCAAUGGCUAAUUAUUAAAAAAAUUAA